UGUGCCCGCCGUGCCCUCAUGGCUCCCCCGUCGUGCCUCCUGCAGCUGCUGCUGCUGCUGUUGGCAUCUCCCCUGGCGCUGGUCCACGCCUGCCGCACGGGCACGUACACUGAGUGCCAGCGUGCCCCCUUCGUGCCCGGCCACAACCUGGUGGGCGAGGGCUUCGACGUGGCGAAGCUCCAGCGUAAAGGGGCGUACGUAGUGGACAUGCAGACGUACCGAACCCCCAACAACACCUGCACCCUGUGUGCCAACCCGCUGAUGGCCAGCCAGCUGCAGAAGCUGCCCGUGUCCGUGCUGGACUGGCGCGCCUACAGCAGCUGCAGCCACAGGCUCCACAGCGCCACCUACAGCUCCGUCAGCUCACUGCUGCACAGCUCCUCCUCCACCAUCCAGAACGACUGGACUGUGGGCCUGGACCUGUCCAAGGUCAAGGUCAACCUGCAGCUUUCAGGGACCGACUCCGCCGACCACGCUUUCGCCUCAUCCAGACUGAGGGUGGACAAAAGCACCUUCAGCUGCCAUCAGCUCUCCUGUUCCCAUUACAGUUACCGUGUGCGCAGUGCCCCACCGCUCAGUCCUGACUUCCGUCGGGCGUUAGCAGCCCUCCCGCGGGACUACUCGUCCAGUUCUGCAGAACAGUACCGACGCCUCCUCAGCGUCUUCGGCACCCACUACAUCCAGCGCGUGCGUCUCGGCGGACGCCUCAAGCGCCUCACCUCCAUCCGCACCUGUCUCAUCACCCUCAACAGCUUGACCAGCAGCAAGGUGAAGAACUGCCUGAGCGCGGGCCUGUCCGUGGGUCUGGGCCUCCUCAACGGCUCGUCCUCCAGCUGCUCUCAGAUCAUCAACAACCAGGACAGUGCCGCGGGGUACAGCGUGGGCUUCCUUGACCACCGCACCGAUGUUUCCGGGGGCAACGGGUGGCUGGGGCAGUUCUCCAUGACCCGGAACGACUCCGCAGGGUUCCACAGCUGGCUCCAGAGCCUGAAGACGAACCCGGACCUGGUCUCCUACUCCCUGCUGCCUCUGCACGAGCUCGUCGCCGACACCGACGUCAAACAGAACCUCCGGAACGAGAUCCGCAAGUAUCUCUUGGCCCACGCGCUGAGGAAGACGGCGACGACGACGAUGCCGACGUGCAGCGCUCGGCCCAACGUCUCCCCGGACUGCUGUCCGCAGCGGAUCGCCCGUGGCCGGCUGGUGGUGACGGUACUGCGAGCGCGCCGCCUGAAGGGGGAUCGGUGGGGGCGGACCGAGGGCUACGUCAAGCUGUGGUACGGCAGCAGCUACCAGCGCUCGCGCAUGAUCCGCUCCAACUACCCGACCUGGAACCAGCGCUUUGACUUCGGCUACGUGGACACCACCCAGCUGCUCCGGCUGGAGGUGUGGGACGAGGACUGGGGUCGAGACGACCGGCUGGGGCGCUGCAACGUCUACCUGCAGCAGGGGACGCACAGCCGCAGCUGUCGGGUGAAGCGUGGCCCGUUCUACUUCAAGUUCACGCUCACCUGUGACCCACACCUGACGGGAUCCAGGUGUGAAGUGUACUCCCCCCAGCCUUAA